CAGCCGCAGCGGGCAGACGGUGACCUGACGGUGAUCAAAGCAAGAUGGCACGUCAGCAGAACGACGUCGACGAGCUUUUCGACGUGAAAAAUAACUUUUACAUCGGAAAUUAUCAACAAUGCAUUAACGAGGCACAAAAAGUCAAAGUUUCUUCACCAGAUCUUGAGGUAGAACGAGAUGUCUUUUUCUAUCGUGCAUAUAUUGCCCAGCGUAAAUUUAGAAUAGUAUUAGAUGAAAUCAAGGACAAUGCUCCACCAGAAAUAUUACCAUUAAAGUUGUUGGCAGAGUACUUUGCUUAUCCAGACAAAAGAGGAAAGAUAUUGUCAGAGAUUGACAAAUCUGUAGCUGAUGUAACACCUAAAACUCAUAAUUUCAAGAUUAUUGCAGCUACAAUUUACUUUCAUGAAAAUAAUGUGGACAAUGCUCUAAGAGUAUUACAUGAAUCUGAGAACAUUGAAUGUUCUGCAUUGAGUGUACAAAUUUACUUGAAAAUGGAUCGUCUUGAUUUAGCUACCAAAGAAGUUAAACUCAUGCAAGAGAGAGAUGAUGAUGCUACUCUGACACAACUGGCUUUAGCUUGGGUUAAUCUGGCUACUGGAAAAGAAAAGUAUCAGGAAGCUUUUUACAUUUUCCAAGAAAUGAUUGAGAAGUAUUCAGCUACCACAAUGUUAUUGAAUGGAAAAGCAACUAGUUUAAUUUUACAGCAGAAGUACGAAGAAGCUGAAGCUGUGCUUCAGGAUUCCUUAGAGAAAGAUAGUAAUAAUCCAGAUACCCUAAUUAAUAUGAUUGUCUUGGCACAACACAUGGGCAAACCGGAAGAAGUCGCAAAUCGUUAUCUGACUCAGUUAAAAGAUUCUCAUAUGGAGCAUCCAUUUGUUAAAGAAUAUUUGCAAAAGGAAAUUGAAUUUGAUAGGCUAACUGCUGAAUUUGAAGCAAGUCUUCAAGCUUAAUGCAUUAAAAGUUACUAUAAACAACUGAUAAAUUAUAUUUGAGAGGAUAUAACUAUUGCUUAGUUUAAUUUUCAUUUUUAAUCAUUUCUUAUGAAAUUUUGGUUGCUUGGAAAGAAAAUAUUAAUCAAUUAGAUGUAUUUAUUAAUACCUCUCGAAUAUAUUAUCGUUGCUAUUGACAAAAAGUUGUUUAUAGAGAAGCAUACUUGCAAGCCUUAAGAUAUAGUAUGCUCAUACAUACUAUAUUUUAUUUAAUGAAAUUUUAUUAUUAUUCCACACAAAGAUUAAUUGACUGACAUGGUAACAGUUGUUUCUUUUUUAAAAGCUAUCUUUAUAGAAAAUUUUGGUAAAAUAGAAAUAUAUUCAUGUAAAAUAAGGUUUUUUUUUAAACAGUUUUCUAUUUUACGAUUAUUUUUACUUAGAGUCAUGGUCAAAGAAACAACUGCUUUGUAACAGCGUUUAUUACAAUAAAAUUUAAGAGAUUGCUGCCAUUUUAUAAUCUUUAGCAUGAAAAAGAAAAAUUGUAAUGAGAAUUGAUUAUUACAAGAAAAAUAUACACUUUCAAAAUAUGAAUUUCAUAAAAUUUUCCACUUUUCCAACGUAUUACUAGGUACAUUAAUUUUUAUGAAUUUUAGAACUUUUGUUUAUAUAUUUUUAAUACUUGCAAUGUUUAUUUAAAAAUAAAAAGAAUAUU